AUGCUAAGAGGAAUUGGCGACGCCCUAAGCACAGAAGAUGAUGCUAAAGCAAGGGAGGAGCAUGAGCGAUGUGCCAGCUACGCCGGCUGUGGUCCUAACAGUGGAUUGGGCACUAGUCCUCACGGCUCUCUGGAUGCAAGAGGAGGGAGUCCAAGUACAGGGAGAAUAGAUGUUGAGGCACCGUUUGUCGGAGUAGCCAGCACUGGAAUUGAUGGAUUGGCCCGUGAAAGGAAACAAGGUGGCUGA